AUGAAAUACGGCGAACAGCUCGAGCAGGAAUCUGUCCCAGAAUGGAGUCUACAUAACGUCGACUACAAUUCCCUAAAACACGAAAUCAAGGUACACACGUCACGCGACCAGGCUACCGCUAUCGCCAUCCCGGGCCACCAAGAUGCCUCCCUCAAGCGGUUCGAGGACAACCUCUACAACGAGCUGUGCCAGCAGCACGACCGAGUCGACCUUUUCGUGACGAGCAAAGCGGACGAGAUUACGAGACGGAUGCAACAUGUCUCCGACCAGGUGCAGAAGCUCGUGGUCAAAUGCGCCGAGGAUGGUGGCCAAGUUUCCCUGAAGCGACACCGCCGAUUCGCCAAGUACGAAAGGGACCUGCUGCGCUGCGGCGAGGACAUCCUCGCUCUUGCCCGCUUUAUCAAUGCCCAGAUUGUCGCCUUCCGCAAGAUCACAAAGAAGUACAAGAAAUGGACAGGGUCACCCACGCUCGGCGCGCGGUUUCGCGAAAACGUUCUGGCCAACCCCAAGAGUUUCACCCGCCGAGACUUCAACCAACUUCAAACCCGUUACGAAGAACUUCUCAACACUCUGCGCACUUCUACUCCUCAGUUGAGCGAGCCUAGUUCGCCUUCCUCUGACGGAAAGCCUAACAUGUCCCGUAGAGGGUCUGCUAACGAUUUCUUUUCGCCGCUGCCUCCCGCGCGGCAACCGCCCCGUCAACCUGUCCAGCCGCAACAGCACUACUGGAACGAGUAUGAUGAUGGCAGUGAAGGCGGAGGACCCGAGGACGAGUACGCUAUCUACAUCAACCCCGACGACGACAUAAGCUUCCCCGGUUUGGACUCGAUGCGCGCGAUCCUCUCAGCACCCUUCCGCCACGCUAGGACGUGGUUCUCGAAGCGGGACACGCCCGAAGGACAACGUCUGCUCGGAAACGGUCCUCUGUUGGAGAGUUAUGGCGGCAUCUCGCCGCUCGGCACGGACACGGACGACGACUAUGCAAGCUCCGACGGCAUCCCAGCAUCAGGGUAUGCUGCUCAUUACGCCGCAUUGCCGAGCAUCAACGAGCAACAUGUGAGGCUGUACCGCGAGCGCGUCCUGUUCUGGAGCACCAUCGGCUGCUUCUUCAUGUCCUUUCUCCUUUUACUCGUCGCUGGCAUCCUUAUCACGACCGGUCGUCACAAGAUGCGCGUCGAGGUCGACGCCGGUGUGACGGUCGGCGUUGUCGCCUCUCUAUUCAGCGCCUGUAUCGCCCUGGGCAUGACAAUCUACCGCCGCGACCCUAUUGGCAUGUGGCAGCGCGUGGCAGUCUACAGCAGCUUCAUCGCUGCCUGCGUGCUCAACGGCAUGCUCCUAAUCUUGGUGGUGGGGAACGCGGCAUAA